AAGUGGCAAUACUUCACCCGAUGGAUUAACUGUUGGUUAUUGGUAUUCAAUCUGCUCUACUUUGUCAAUUGUGUUCUCAGUCUAAUCGGGAAUACCAGCCCUGCGUGUGCUGCUCUGACCGUGUUCGUGUUGUUCAUGUCGUGGAUGAACAUUUUGCUUCAAAUGUUAAGGUACCGCGUGAUCGGUAUAUUUGUUAUCAUGUUCAUUCAAGUCGGCCGGACAAUCGUGAAAGUGGCUCCCAUUUUCUGCAGUCUGUUUGUUGCGUUUGCUAUCACGUUUCACAAAUUACUCGUCCUUCCAGAAGAGCAAGAGUUCACCAACUACCCGACUAGCAUGAAAAAUCGUUUGGCUUAUUGUUUUAUUGGAUUCGAGCAUUUGAACCGGUCCGAAGAUGAGUAUAAGAAACUCCCUGAGAUGCAACUCCCGGUCAAAGCGUUCGGUGAUGUUCGGAUGGCAUUUUUUCAAACACUGAUGAUGAUGCUCGGUGAAUACGAACACACAGAAGUCAUCACCAGACCAUAUUUGGAUGGAUUCUCGGCAACUAUUUACACGGUCGAACUGACAUUUGCGUUCUAUGCUGCCUUCACCAUCACCAUGCCUAUAACACUGAUGAACUUGAUGAUUGGUCUUGCGGUGGGGGAUAUUGACGACAUACAACGAUCUGCCACACAUCAACUCAUCGCACAACAAGUCUACUGGUUAGAACGAGUUGAGGCGAAGUUUCCGAGUUGGUUGUACGAGAAGAUACAAGUGCCGCAAUGGACCGUUCAACCAGCAUUAGUCUUGAAUACUCGGGUAAGUGUACGGAACGAAUGA